AACACAACAAAGUUUGCUGCAGAGUCGGACCCUUCAGAAAACGUUGAUUUGAUCCUUUUAGAGCCCACACAUGACUGUAGAUUGGCCCAUCAAUAACAAGACUGAGGCCUUCCGGUGCUGCGUCCCAAUUUUGCUGCCAAACCACGGCGCAUAUUAUGAGUAAACCGACUACAACGGUGUCCAAUUCCUGUGGUUCACCUGCGCCAUCUUGGAAUAUCAGCACGUCUCUUUCGCGGAGUCCUGCUCGGGAAGGGAUGAUGAUGGAUAAUAUUCACCCUGUACAAUUAGACCCGAGAAAACAGGAAUUGCUAGAGGCUAGGAUAUUUGGAGGAAAGUUUCAGAAUAUGAACAGUCAGAGUCAGUCGAGUUGCUAUACAAUCCCACAGAUCCCAGUGUCUGAGAAUUCAAACACGAGUAUUGCGAGCGUGGAGUCCCACAGUGGUGAAGAAGCUAGUACCCCUGAGAAAAGCCGAACACCCUCGGGGAACGAGCGAAAAAGAAAACGAAAAGCAGACGGCGAUAGUGGCAACGGUAAAAAUCACAGAGGAGAAGGUGGAACAAAGAAAAUAAGUGAAUAUUUUAAGUAUCCGCAAUCUCCGCAGCAGCAGACAAUAAAUAUGUUGGGGUUACCAAUAGUGCAACAGACUGUGGUGCAAAACAAUAGCAUGAAUAGUUGUGGUAGUGGAGACUUCACGCGAUUCCUGCAACAACCUGGCCAGUUAGGACACAAACAAUCACAGACGGAGAUCACUGUUGUUCAUUUGAAACAACUGGAAGCCAAAUCUGUGUCAGACUUAGAAAAGAAAGAUAGUACAAUAGAAGAGUUGACGAGGCAAAACGAAGAAAUCCGUCGCCAGUUGACUGCUCAACAAAAAUUAAUAGACAAACAAAAAGAAAACAUAGAAAAGUGUGUAGAAAUGAAUAAAAAGUUGCUUAUAGAAAAGAGUACAUUAGAAAAAAAAGCGACAAGAGAGAAGAGUAUGGAAAAUCGCUUACGACUUGGUCAGUUUGUUACACAAAGGCAAGGUGCUACGUUCGUGGAGAAUUGGACUGAUGGUUAUGCCUUCACAGACUUGAUUAAGCAACAAGAAAAAACAUCGUCCGAACGAGAGGAAAUAGAUCGUCAAAGGAAAUUAUUAGUAAAACGAAAGCCAACCGGUGCAACAGCGGGGAAGGGACGCCGUGAUCAUGACGGAUUCCUUAAACCUGGCCAAGAUAAAAGCCUGACCUUAGUCGAAUUCUUCGAACAGGAUGAAAUUUUGAAGUUACGCCAGGCAUCUCUGAAGAAGGAAGACGUGGACCUGCAGCUAGAAUUAGAAAAGUUAGAAAGGGAGAGAAAUCUCCACAUUAGGGAAUUAAAAAGAAUAGCAAAUGAAGACAAUAGUAGGUUUAAAGAUCAUCCAAUUCUGAAUGAGCGAUAUCUGUUGUUAUGCCUGUUAGGGAAGGGAGGUUUCUCGGAAGUUCACAAGGGUUUUGAUCUGAAGGAGCAGCGGUAUGUAGCAUGUAAAAUCCACCAGUUGAAUAAAGAUUGGAAGGAUGACAAGAAAGCUAAUUAUAUAAAACAUGCAGUUAGAGAGUACAACAUUCACAAACAGCUUGACCACCCUAGAAUUGUCAAAUUAUAUGAUGUAUUCGAAAUAGACAACAACAGUUUUUGUACAGUUCUGCAGUACAGUGAUGGAAAUGACCUCGACUUUUACCUGAAACAAAACAAGACCAUUCCAGAACGUGAGGCCCGGUCGAUCAUUGUGCAGACAAUCAACGCGCUACGAUAUCUAAACGAGAUCAAGCCACCAGUCAUUCACUACGAUCUAAAACCAGGGAACAUUUUACUAGGAUCAGGGAACGCAAGUGGAGAAAUCAAGAUUACUGAUUUUGGUUUAAGUAAAAUAAUGGAGGAGGACAAAUAUCAUCCUGAUAGUGGUAUGGACCUCACUUCACAAGGUGCAGGGACCUACUGGUAUCUACCCCCAGAGUGCUUUCAUGUUGGUAAAAAUCCCCCCAAGAUCUCAUCAAAAGUGGAUGUCUGGUCCGUCGGUGUCAUAUUCUAUCAAUGUUUAUAUGGAAGAAAGCCAUUUGGACAUGACAAGUCACAAGCAGAAAUUUUAGAACACAAUCUAAUAGUUAAUGGUCCGGAAGCGCCGGAGUUCCCUGCCAAGCCUCCAGUUAGUCAGGAGGCAAAGAACUUCAUUAGGAAGUGUUUGGCCAAGAACAAGGAGUUGCGACCAGAUGUGCUUUUACUAGCCAGUGAAGAUUACCUCAAGUCUCCUUCACAAAAAUCUAAACAUUCACAAGAUGCAGUUUCAUCAAACUCCUCCUCCAUGUCCUCGCUACCGCUAAUCCAUUCACCAACGCCAAGUUCCUUCAUGAGUAACGACCGAUGAUACGAGGGGGCACUGCAGUUGUCUUCUAUAUACACAUUCAGACUUUCCAUGUUUGUUAUUAAUUUAUAUAUAAGGUGCAUGGAGCGCGUGUAUACGAUACAAAUGCCAAAUUCGGGAGUGCUUGGAGAAUGAAACCAGUAAGGAGAUCUGCCUGUACAUUUGCACUGCGAAGUGACUUUACCUGAGACCAACUGCUUGCUGGUUCUGCGGAAUAGAAUGUGAGACACGUAUUUCUUGCUAACACAUGUUCUAUGAGACAUACCACAGUCCUUAAAUUCACUGAUGCUGUGAUGGGAGAAGUAACUUUCUAGAUGGGAAAUAUUUGUCAUGUCUGCCAAUGUACUUAAAAUGGAUGGAUACCGUAUCUUUAAAUUUCAAGAAAUCUGUGUUGCCAAUGAAUUUCCAGUAGAGAUGAUGAAAAUUUCCUGUGACAAAGUAUGGAUUGAUUAAGGCGGUUGGCUUUUGGUUCAGGGAUGGUUUCCCUCCUCGGAUGCACAUACGAUCAGCUUAGCAGGCUGUACCUGCCAUCAUAUAACAAAAAACGUUUACCUUUAUGCCAAUUAAAUUGUGCUGGUGUAAUGUGAUACAUAAAAAAUAAUGGACUGAACAAUGAAGAUAUUCGAAUUGUGGCAUACUGUCUCGCAGUGUUUGCACCCACCUAUCCAUGCCACCUAAGUGUCUAUAAAUCUUCGAGUGCCCCAACAUUUGACGAUUUACAAUGAUGGCAGUAAAACAGUGAAGUGAAUACAUGUACAUUUAUAUGUACGUUUUUGCUGUACGUUUGUUAAACUGCAAUACAAGUUCAGAAUUACAUUGUACUUGGAAGUGCAUUUUAAAAAUUUGAAAUUAUGUUCAAUGAAAUCAAGAUGGCUUGACCAUAUAGCUUGAAAUUGGACUGGCUUAGUAAUAGUAUAUUAGUACUCCACUCUAUGAUUGCUAAUUUCAGACUGUUUGCUGUUCAUUUCAUUUUGGAACCAUAUUUCAUUAUUUUGGGUAUUUCAUUUUUUGGGGAAAAAUGUUUUCUGCAAGCACCGCCAGACAAUAUGAAAGGUGUUGAUUGGUUGCAUUUCAAUAAUGCAUUUUUUGAGUGCUCAUCAGUCUAGCAGUGGUUGACUUGUCGACAUGCGGGUAUGAGCAGUGUCACUGCAGGAGUGCAGUGUAGGUGUGAUGAAGCACCAUUUCUGUUUCCAAAUUAGUUGUUUGAAAUGGGUCAUGAUUUCUCUGGAAUUGGAUUUUAAAAAUUCACAGUCCUGAGUUGUGAACCUGAGCGAGUCUUAUAUGUGGCCAGAUUUCUUUCCGGUAACUUCUCAUGUUAUCACCUCGACUUUGUUCAUUGAUAUUGAGUGCUUGUAAAAGUUGGGGGGGGCAAGGGUGUCUUUGUUAUAUGUUAACACUGAUGUAUGCUUUAAGAUCCUGUCUCCCUAUGUUUAUACAUAGCUUUGGGCCUUUACCUUUAUUAAGUCAAGAACACAGAGUAACAACAAAAUUUGUUGAUCACUUUGGAAAAAAGCUGUUAUUUUUACCAACUUUAAAUAAAUCUUGUCAUGGCUCACAUACAUCACCCCUUCGAAGGUCCCACAUCAUCUGUAUCUAAUACUUUGUUAUUUUCAAUCACCAUCUUCAUUACAUAAUAGAAUGAUAUGUCAGGCCAAAAAAUUAAUCGGUUACCUAUGAUAUGGUGUGCUUUACCAUCUUUUUUCCUCCAGUAACUGGUUUCGGUGGUCUAAUCUUAGGUCUGAACUUUUAAUGUCUUGCUUUGCAGUUACCUCUGUUUCAUGGUGCCACUGAUUGGAAAUUGUAUAAAAUUGCCCAGAGUUCUAACUGCAACAUUAGGCAGUCUGGUGGCUUGGAGCACAUUUCUAAUUGCUGUGAUCAGAUGAGAGCUGAAAUAUUGGGGCGGGGGAGGGCACCUGUAUCUAUCAAGACAGGUGCACUGUAAGUUCUAAAAAUGUUCAUAAACGAGAUCUUUUGUCAAAAUGUUUAUAAAUGAGAUCUUCUGUCAGUCUCAUGCGCAAGAGAAAAUAUCCCAAGUAUAAAAAAUAUGAUGUCAAAAAGUUGAUAGGCCUGAGGAAUUUUAUCCGUCUAAUUGUAGGAUUUUGUUGUUUUCAGACAUUGGUUGGGAUGAAAUUUAAUCUUGAGUAAAUUGCAGUGCUGACUUAUCUGUACGUAGUGUAACUCCAUUUAAUGGUAAUGUCGAUCGCUUCAAAAUUUAUCAGCAAUCAAGUUAAAACCAACCAGAUAUUUCAUAUUGGUACAAAUAAAGCAUAAUGCUAGAAAUUUGGCCUUUUCCUUUUUAGCUCACCUCUUAGCAGAGGUGAGCUUAUCCCAUACCGUGGCGUCCGUCGUCCGUCGUCGUUGUCGUCGUCCGUCGUCCGUUAGCAGGGCACGUUUCGUAACUGUUAGAGCUAUUGAGUUGAAACUUGGUACACAUGUACCCUUAUGUAAUGACACCUUGGAGACCAAGUUUCGGUCCGAUUCGUUUCAUGGUUUGGUCAUCAGGGGGCCAAACGUUAAAAGUGAAAAUAUGCAAUAUCUCCCUUAAUAGUAGUCGGGAAAUUUUGAAAAAAAUAUGGUAGGUACUUCUAGCAAAGGUGCAUCAUAUAUCCUCCGGGUUUUUGAUUUGACCUCCUUUUCAAGGUCACAGAGGCCAAAUGGUGUAAAUUGGCCGUUAGGAUGUAACGAUGGCACGUUUCUAAACUGCAAUGACUAUUGAUACCAAAUUUGGUACACAUUUACCCCUUAGUCAGGUGAUCUCAGGGACCGAAGUUUGGUCCAAUAUGAUUCACCACUUGACCACCAGGGGGCAAAAUCCAAAAACCUUAAAAAUGUGAUUAUUCCUUAACUUCUUGCCCGAUUGCCACCAAUUUGAUAUCAUGGGUACAUCUAACCACC